AGAUGUAUAUUUUCGGUGAGAAGUCGGAUUUCACGGAUCAUAUUAUUCAAUUAAUUGCCAGCACAUCAAUUGAUGCAGAACAACACAUUAUUGGUAAUGUGUCGGAAAUCACAUCAAGAGAGCCGAUUGUUUUCAUUUUCACGGUAAUUGACUGUAAAGCUGUGAAAUGUUUGGUGUCUUAUUUACAUGAAAAAUCACCGAUUAUUUUCAUUAAACAAGAAUGUAGCGAUGAAGAUAUGAUGCUUAUAGAAUCAAUUAUUCAGGAAUCAUUAUCCAUCAGAAGACAGCUGUGGCACGAUGAAAUAAUGAAAUUAAGCGCAUUGCAAGGCGCAAAAGCUCAGGAAGAACGUGUACAAAAACUGAAUCAUUGGAUCAAUAAUACUUCUGAUGAAUAUUACUGUCUUUCAUCAUCCGAGCCUAAUUUUCAAAAUAACUUGGUAGAAGCCUUGAAAGUGAAAACGCCCAUCAAGUGCACCCACCAGUUGACAACGACAGUUUCCCAAAGACCACCGGCGUUACAUUGGACUUCGCUACCACAACCGGAUGAAGCUCAAAUAACUUUUAAGAUAGCAUUUCCUCAAAGAUGGUUCGCGAGAAGUGAAUUAUUUGAAUUGGUGACAAAGAUCAACAAUGCUUACAAAUGGCAAUACCAGUAUGAAUGGAUCCAUGGAGGGCUUUUUAGAUUCGAAGCUGCCAAGAUUGCGAUCAUAAAACAUGAUGCAGAAACAUUGGAGUUGUCGGGUAGAAUUGAUAACGCCAUUAUGGAUGACAAUUCUGAUACAGUGCCGAUAAAAUCCGUAUGGCCUUAUUUAUCACAUGCCUUAAGUGUCGUCGUGGAGUAUUUCGAUGAACUUUCCUUACAAUACACAAUUCGAAUUAUUCCAUUUGGUAGCAUCUUUUAUGCAGAAAGCAAAGCUCUUCCUCGAGCAUUUGACUUGACCCAGCUGCUGAUCUCGAAUGACCUUUUGAAACGCGUCGCCUACAGAGAUGAUGGGAUUCUUUAUCAUUUGAAUUUGGCACAACUAUUUCCAGAACUGAAACCAAAAACAAUUAGUGAAAUUAGUGAAAUGAAAGCAAGGAAUGAUGAGAGCACCGGAAAAGAGAAGAAUGAUUUAACAAAUGAUAACACGUUUUUAUCUUUGCCGGGACGCAUUCCUGGUAAAAAUAGUGGUCGACGAGUAUCGUUUGGUACCGUAAAGUGCAUCCCACAAUCAUCACAAAAGGUUGAGCCAGACGCCGAGUUCGAUGAUGUGACAAAUGAAAAGCCUAAGACAGAGCAAUAUGAAAAUAUGCUUGAUAAUUAUGUAGACCUGAUAUUGGACGAAACGAUGCGACAAAUCAAAAUUUCGUAAUCAGAUAUGUUUUUGGGAUCAAAUAAAUAUCGCCAUACUCAUUCUUGUAGCCUUGAAAUGCGUAUAAAGCUAUUACAAGAACAGGAUCAAAAGCAAGUGAUAAAUGGUAGCAAACAAUCC